GCGGCGAGAGAAGCGACAGGCCUGUGACCGGCGGCGGUGGAGGGUGCCCGGGGCUGGGAUGUGAGCGCGGAGCCCCCUUGACAGAUGUCAAUGCGAUUUUCCUUUGGAGCAAAGCUGAGCAAUGGGGCCAUCUUCCUUACUGCUCCCUCCUGUUUUCUGAUCGCCAUGGCAUAGGAACUGACCCCGGGAAAGACUGCCCUGCUCUAGCACCAAACAAGAUUUGUAAUGAAAUGGAGCCUGGAACAAACUCUUUUCGAGUUGAAUUUCCUGAUUUUUCCAGCACCAUUCUGCAGAAACUGAACCAGCAGCGCCAGCAAGGACAAUUAUGUGACGUCUCCAUUGUUGUCCAAGGCCACAUUUUUCGGGCACACAAAGCUGUUCUUGCUGCCAGCUCCCCCUACUUUUGUGACCAGGUGCUCCUGAAAAACAGCAGGAGAAUUGUUUUACCUGAUGUGAUGAACCCGAGAGUGUUUGAGAACAUUCUGCUGUCCAGUUACACGGGACGCCUGGUGAUGCCGGCGCCCGAGAUCGUCAGCUACCUAACAGCAGCAAGCUUCCUGCAGAUGUGGCACGUCGUGGACAAGUGCACUGAGGUCUUGGAAGGAAACCCGACUGUCCUUUGCCAGAAGCUCAAUCAUGGCAAUGACCACCAGUCACCAAGCAGCAGCAACUACAAUGGCCUGGUAGAGAGCUUUGAACUUGGCCCUGGAGGCCACCCUGACUUCUCCAAAGCUCAAGAGCUGAGGGAUGGUGAGAACGAAGAGGAGAGCACCAAAGACGACCUGUCCUCCCAGCUCACCGAGCACGAGUACCUGCCCAGCAACUCGUCCACCGAGCACGACCGGCUGAGUACCGAGAUGGCGAGCCAGGAUGGCGAGGAGGGAGCCAGCGACAGCGCCGAGUUCCACUACACCCGGCCCAUGUACAGCAAGCCCAGCAUCAUGGCGCACAAGCGCUGGAUCCACGUGAAGCCCGAGCGCUUGGAGCAGACGUGCGAGGGCAUGGACGUGCACGCGGCCUAUGAUGAGCACCAGGUCACCGAGUCCAUGAACCCCAUGCAGACCGAGCACACGGCGCAGCCUUCAGGAGUGGAGGAGGACUUCCACCUUGGGGAAAAGAAGGUGGAAGCCGAGUUUGACGAACAGGCCGAUGAAAGCAACUACGAUGAGCAGGUGGACUUCUAUGGCUCGUCCAUGGAAGAGUUUUCUGGAGAGAGGUCGGACGGGAACCUGAUUGGGCACAGGCAGGAGGCUGCCCUGGCAGCAGGCUACAGUGAGAACAUUGAGAUGGUGACAGGGAUUAAGGAGGAAGCUUCCCACCUGGGGUUCUCCACCUCCGACAAGCUGUAUCCCUGCCAGUGUGGGAAAAGCUUCACUCACAAGAGCCAGCGCGACCGGCACAUGAGCAUGCACCUGGGCCUCCGGCCGUACGGCUGCGGUGUGUGCGGGAAGAAGUUCAAGAUGAAGCACCACCUUGUGGGCCACAUGAAGAUCCACACGGGCAUCAAGCCCUACGAGUGUAACAUCUGCGCCAAGAGAUUUAUGUGGAGGGACAGUUUCCACAGGCACGUGACUUCUUGUACCAAGUCCUACGAAGCUGCAAAGGCUGAGCAGAAUACGACUGAGGCUAACUAAAAAUAGGAGCUGGCCCUUGAGUGGCGUGCACAGAAAUAAACUAUGGUAAUUAAUGCAAAUCUGGGCACAGAUGAUGCGUGCCACUUGCUAUUAUGAGAGACGCUUAAAAAAAAAAAGAAGGAAGAUAUUUCUGAAAGACCAGCUCUAAGUAGGCCAAUUAAAAAAAUCUAAUUCCUCAAAUUUAUGUUUCAGUCCUGGCCCAGAAUGGGCAUUGGGGAGGUGGAUUAACCCACCACCCAGCUGGCGGGGUAGAGCCUCGGGUGCCAGUUCGCGGUGGAGACAGGUAGCUUGGUAACACACCCACCUGCCCUGGAACUGAACCCCACUCACCAGUUCCACUUUGGGUGGUAACGGUUUUUGACCACUCAUUGUUACAAGCUCAAGUUGAGAUUUUGUUUUGCUCUUACUCUAGAUACUUAGGUAAUGUGGAUCUGUUUUGGUAGCUACUUCACUGAAUAAGAUGCUACUUAGCAAAAGUACAAAUAAUGUGAUUUCUAGAAUGAGAAAUUAACAGAGCUUUCUUUCCUGGUUUGAUUAUCACAAGAGGAUAUUUAACUGAGAUUCUGGAGACGGUGGGAGGGUGACAUUCUAAGUAUGAAACAAGUGGUUUAUGGUACAAGUUUCAAUUUCCCUAAGAUGCCGCUGUUACAAAGUGUGUCAGAAUCUUGGUAAGGCCAGGUUCAGUAUUUGAGUGCUAGCACAGAGUUUGAACUGUUAUGCCUGAGUGUAAUUCUCCAGGGUGCCAGAGCCAGGUACUGCAGAUGGGUCUGCUCUCCCGAAUCCUGUUUGCUUUGUGGUAGCAUCCCGGCAAUGGGGUCAGCCUGCUGUGGCUCUGGCAGGGCUGCCCCAGCUCUUGCUCUGUCUUGGGUUAUGGUGCUUCCCAAAGAAAACAGCCAGUGGAAAGGAGUUGUGUCACCUGUGAACCUGAAGAGGUAGGAAGGUGCCACAGUGACAUGCUGGACUCCUGCGGGCAGGGACAGGAAAGUAGAAUUUCCUGAGCGGCCAGGUCAUACUUGAGGGGAAAAAUCCACCCAAGGGAAGAAAAAUACACUGGUGGGGAGGACCCUCCUUUCCCAGGGUGCAUUGCACUAAUACUGCCAGUUCUUUGUGAGUGCUGUAGCAUGCUUUAAAAGGGUAAAGAGUCCUAAUUUUAGCCAAGUUGUCUACAGAUCCAUGCUCCCAAUUGACAGUGAAAGCUGCAUAAAUUUGCAAGUCUACACAGCUAUACCUACCAAAAACUCAAGAAAACAGCUAUUCUGAGAUCUUUCUGGUGAUGGGUUGGGUGUUUUAGUUCCAGAGAAAGUGUACAUUGAGAAGGCUUUAAGCUGUGGGACGUAUUGAGGUUGGCACCAGCAUAGGACAGGGUGCUACUGGGAUGCCAUCUUCCUCGUACACUUUCUGGGCUAGUAUUUCUAAGCGGAAACUUUUUUUUCUCCCUCUCAAAUAAAGAUAGCUUUUCUUGGACUUGGGGUGAAAUUUUGCUUUAGAAGUUUGUUUUUGCUCUAAUGGACUAGACAUUGCUGGCAAUGGCCUUUGACCUUCAAGCUCCUAACACACCAAGGUGUUUACUUGUUGAACAUU